CGGACACACACACACGCUCGAGACGAGGAGCCGCGAGCUGGGGACGACGGUUCCCGAGACGCGCACGAGCCCUCUUGAUUUGCAGCUUCGUUAAAGCCCUCGCGUUCACCUGGGGAGAAGGCGCGAGCUGCUGGAGGAGAGCGUUUCAGAUUUGGAUAAUAACUUUUUUUGAGAUAAGAAUUCACGGAAUUAAAAACAAUAAUAACAACAAAAUAAACAGGCAAAAAAUAAACAAACAAAAACACAGCUGUCUGAGGGAAAGAGGGAUUUUCUUCCAGAACUAAAGAAGAGCGGAGGACGUUUCGUUUUGGAACAAUGUGAGAAAUAACAGCCGGGGAACAGCCUGCAAUAGGGAUUUUUUUUUCUUCUUUUCUGAACCUCUUUUACGCACUGGAAGCGCAGUCGGAACUAACCAGACAUCCAGAACUCCUCUCCGAGUUUCUCCCCACAUCUUCAUCCCAGCAACGUGACAUUAAUUAAUUUAUUUUUUUCCUCAACAUAAGACGACAGUUCCGUUUGUAAUGAUGCGUUUUGUGGACUUAUCCUAGGACUUAUCCCCUUUUUUGGAAUUGGUGAAUGCCCCCGGGAACGAAUUGAGCUUUGACCGCUGACAUUAUGCAUCCAAGGGACUGGUAACUUACUCAAGGUUCUCACGAAUCUCUGGGUCGACCGACGCAGCCAUGGACCGGUUGUUGGAUCUUUGAAAAGGCCUGCGCUCCCCCCUCCUCUUACUCCUCCCCCUCCACCUUCUCCUCAUCCUCCUCCUCAUCCCCCUUUUUCCUUCAUCGACCCACGGAGCUGGAAGUGGACUCACCUGAAGCCAGAAACAACCGACGGUACCGUCCCCUUCCCUUCAUCCGCAAACCAUGUCAAGCGUUGUUUUCCUGAUUCCCGGCCAAGCGAGGUGGCCACUCCCAGUGCUCUUCUUGUAUUUCGCCCCUCUCCUGUUGAUGAGGAGUUGGUGUCACGCUGCCCCUUCCGGCCCCGAGUCGGAUACCUGCUCCACUUUAGUCCAGAACCGCUUCUUCGGCUUCUUCCUGUCUUCGUCGGUGUUCCCCACCGUGCCUUGUUCCUGGACCUUACAGAACCCCGACCCACGGCGUUACACCAUCUUCCUCAAGGUGACCAAGCCCACGGAGGACUGCGCGCCCUCGCAGCUCCGCACGUUCCAGUAUGAGUCCUUCCUCGAAACCACGCGCACCUACCUGGGCAUGGAGAGCUUCGACGAGGUGGUGAGGCUGUGCGACGCCUCCGCCCCCGUGGCCUUCCUCGAGGCCGGGAAGCAGUUCCUGCAGAUGAGGAAGGGGCCUCCCCGGGCGGGCGCGCCCGUCACCGGUGGCGACGGGGAUUUCAAAACAGAGUACCUGGUGGUGGGGAAGCGCAACCCGAGCAUGGCGGCCUGUCAGAUGCUGUGCCAGUGGCUGGAGGACUGCUUGGCCUCCAGCACGUCCAACAGGCCGUGCGGCAUCAUGCAGACCCCGUGUCUGUGCUGGGAUCCGCCGCCGCAGCUCAGCGAGGGGGACGGCUGCUAUCACAAUGGAGUUUACCUGGAAAACUGUUUACCCAGUGUGAAAGAGAGUGGAAAAGAUGCAGAGAUAAACGGUGGCUGGAGUGUGUGGGGCCAGUGGGCACAGUGCAGCAGUGAGUGCGGAGGCGGGAUCCAGUCACGGACUCGGACCUGCCAGUCUCCCCCGGAGGAGUCGUUCCUGUGCGAGGGCGUAGUCGAGGAGGGCCGUCCCUGCAACUCGCAGUCCUGCACGGGCAAAGGUCGCCACCCCUCUCGCAGCCAAUCGCUUCGCUCGGUGGACAGCCGCAAGCGAGACGACGUAGACAAGGCCCGCGGCGGACAGCAGAGCCCCCAGACAGACUCAGCUUCAGGUGAGGAGUGGUCAGCGUGGAGUGUGUGUUCUGCCACAUGUGGGGAGGGCUGGCAGAGUCGCACUCGUUUCUGUGUGUCCUCCUCCUACAGCACCCAGUGUAGUGGGCCACUGAGAGAGCAGAGACCUUGCAACAACUCUGCCGUUUGUCCAGCUGCUCUGAUUGCAGUUCACGGCGCGUGGGACGAGUGGUCGCCGUGGAGUUUGUGCUCGUCGACCUGUGGCCGAGGUUACAGGUCCCGUACACGAACCUGCACCCCCCCACAGUUUGGGGGAGAUGCCUGCGAGGGCCCAGAGAAGCAGACCAAGUUCUGCAACAUAGCCGUUUGUCCAGUGGAUGGAGUCUGGAACGACUGGUCCAGCUGGAGCGCCUGCUCCACCUCCUGUUCAAAUGGCACCACGCAGAGAACCAGGGAGUGCAACGGCCCCUCGUACGGGGGCUCUGAGUGCAGAGGGGAAUGGCUGGAGACCAUCGACUGCUUCCUUGGGGAGUGUCCAGUGGAUGGCAAGUGGCAGCCGUGGUCCUUGUGGUCGGGUUGUUCUAAAACCUGUGGAGGGGGCAGUCAGCAGAGAAACAGGAUUUGCUAUGGGCCCUUUUUUGGAGGGCAGGCUUGUCCCGGAGAACGGGAAGAGGUCCGCCGCUGUAACGAGAAGAGAUGUCCAGAACCUCACGAGAUAUGUGGCGAGGACAACUUCUCCAACGUGGUGUGGAAGAUGACUCCAGCUGGGGAUACAGCAGCAGUACGCUGUCCUCCAAAUGCCAUGGGACUCAUCCUGCGCCGCUGCACCCUGGAUGAGGAGGGCAUCGCCUACUGGGAGAAUCCCACCUACAUGAAGUGCAUCUCCAACGACUAUCGCAGUAUACAAACUUUAACUCGGGAACAUUUGUCCAAAGCACAGCGCGGCCUUGUUGGAGAUGGCGUUUCGGAGGUGAUGACCAAGCUGAGGGUGACGUCCAGUGACGGGACCAGCUACAGCGGUGAUCUCCUGGCCAUCGUGGACGUGUUGAAGAACAUGACGGAGAUCUUCAGGAGGGCGUACUACAGCCCCAGCAGCGCGGACAUGAGGAACUUUGUGCAGUCAGUCAGCAAUCUGUUGAUGGAGGAGAACAGGGAGCGAUGGGAGGAAGCGCAACUGCUGGGGCCCAACAUCAAGGAGCUGUUCCGUCUGCUGGAGGACUUUGUGGAUGUCAUUGGCCUGAGGAUGAAAGACUUUCAAGACAUGUAUGAAGUCACCGAUAACCUAGUUUUGAGCAUCCACAAGCGUCCGGUGGCAGGUCACGCCGACAUCAACUUCCCGAUGAAGGGCUGGAGGGGCAUGGUGGACUGGGCCCGCAUCUCCGAGGACAGAGUCACCAUUCCCAAAAACAUCCUGUCCACUGGCAAACCAGACUCGGACGACUCCUCGACGUUCGUCACCGGCAUCGUUUUGUACAGGAACCUGGGCAGCAUUCUGACUCUUCAGAGAAACAGUACCGUGCUGAACUCCAAAGUCUUAUCAGUGACCAUCAAGCCCAGCCCUGCUUCUUCCCUCACCGCUCCCAUUGUGGUCGAGUUCUCUCAUCUUUACAACGGCACCACCAACCAGACGUGUAUUUCCUGGGACGAGAGUGACAGCUCCUCUCUGCUGGGAUCCUGGUCUGCCAGGGGCUGCAAAGCCGUGCUAGUCGACUCAUUCAGAACCAAAUGCGUGUGUGACAGACUGUCCACCUUCGCCAUUUUAGCACGGCUAAAUCCCGAAAUGAACAUGGAUAAGACACAGCUCCCGUCUGUGACGCUGAUCGUGGGCUGUGGAGUGUCUUCACUGACGUUGCUGCUACUCAUCAUCAUCUAUGUGUCUGUCUGGAGGUACAUUCGGUCGGAGCGCUCGGUGAUCCUCAUUAACUUCUGCCUCUCCAUCAUCUCUUCCAACGCCCUUAUUCUCAUCGGACAGACGCAGACAAGGAACAAAGUCUUAUGUACUCUGAUUGCUGCAUUCCUCCAUUUCUUCUUCCUGUCGUCGUUCUGCUGGGUGCUGACGGAGGCGUGGCAGUCGUACAUGGCGGUGACGGGUCGCCUCCGAAACCGCAUCAUACGCAAGCGUUUCCUGUGCCUUGGCUGGGGUCUCCCUGCUCUAGUUGUGGCGAUCUCUGUGGGAUUCACCAAGGCAAAGGGAUAUGGAACACCGAGCUACUGCUGGCUGUCUCUGGAAGGAGGUCUUCUCUAUGCAUUCGUCGGACCCGCCGCCGCUGUAGUCUUGGUUAACAUGGUUAUUGGGAUUCUCGUUUUUAACAAACUGGUGUCCAAAGACGGCAUUACUGAUAUGAAACUAAAGGAGAGGGCGGGUCAGAUGACAGUGCCACUGUACAAUAUGACGCUCAAAUGUGCCAAGUGCGGAGUUAUCUCUUCGGCUGACGUUUCCACCACAGCUACCAGUAACGCCAUGGCGUCACUGUGGAGCUCCUGCGUGGUUUUGCCACUUCUGGCCCUCACGUGGAUGUCAGCUGUCCUGGCCAUCACCGACCGGCGUUCUGCGCUUUUCCAGAUCCUUUUCGCUGUAUUUGAUUCACUGGAAGGUUUCGUCAUCGUCAUGGUCCACUGCAUCCUACGCAGAGAGGUUCAGGAAGCGGUGAAGUGUCGCGUGGUCGACCGGCAGGAAGACACUAACGGAGACUCGGGAGGAUCGUUCCAGAACGGCCACGCUCAGCUCAUGACUGACUUCGAGAAAGACGUGGACAUGGCUUGCAGAUCAGGCACGAUGAAGCGCUCGUCCAUCCAAGGGGAGGAGAAGGCCUCAUCUGGAACCCUCACCCUUCAGAAGGGCUCUAACUUCAACACCAUGCCGGCCAGCAUGGCCAAGGUUCACCUCCAGAACGUGGCCGACUACACCAGCCACACGCUGACGCUGCGCAGGGAGAAAGGCGCCGCCAAGGGAAUCAGCACCGAGCUGCCCGGCGCCAAGUCCAUCUACAUCUGCGACGGCGAGCUCUUCAAGCAGCUGGACGGAGAUCUGCCCCGGGGGAACGGCGAGGGGAGCAGCAACGAAGGCCCUGGCAAAGGCCCGGGGUACGUCCUCCUGCCCACAAACAGCACAGGCACCCUGAAACCCGCCAAGGGGAAAGAGGAGCAGGCGGCCAAAUAUAACAUCAGCAUUGAGCAGCUGCCUCAGACUAGGCUCAUCCACCUGGCUAACCCUCCCAGUGGAGAGCCGGUGCCUGGCUUUGGGCUGAAGAGCCUGCCUGCUGACCAGGUCAGUGUGUCAUGCUCUGACAGAGACUCGCCUGCACACAACCUGCAGAACAUGCCCAGAGACUCCCAGGUGGCCAACAACAUGUGCGACGGAGGAGAGUCCGGAAACUCCGGCGUGAUGUCCAAGAGUGAGACCGUCUCCACGCUGUCCAUGAGCUCACUGGAGAGACGAAAAUCACGCUAUGCAGAGCUUGACUUUGAGAAAAUAAUGCACACCCGGAAACGCCACCAGGACAUGUUUCAGGACCUGAACAGGAAGAUUCACAAUGCAGACAAGGAUAGAGAGUCUCCACCUGUUGAUGCCAAAGCUGCCAAAAGAUGGAGCGUGUCCUCAGCCAGCAGUGACAAGACCAACAUGAGUGACAAACAGCAGACCCCGAGUAAGAGGGCAUGGGAGGGCAUCCGGAAGACCCACUCCCCACCGUCCUGGGUGAGAAAGGACCUGGAGGCGGUGGCGGCCUCCCCCCUGGAGCUGCAAACGGUGGAGUGGGAAAAGAACAGCGCCACCAUCCCUCUGGUGGGCCAGGAGAUCAUGGACCUGCAGACGGAGGUGUGAUUCCUACCUCACACCCCACAACCUCGCCCCUAUUUUAUUUUUUCCUCCAGCGCUCUCAGACUCAUCACACACACACACACACACACACACACACACACACACACACACACACACACACACACACACACACACACACACACACACACUGCCCUGCUCUGAACUUCUACUCAAAGACUGGAUCGAGCCGACCGCUGUGACUCGGGGAGAGAGUCACAAUAUCAGAAAAUCAAUUUAACCAAUUAAAGAGAGAACGGGAACGCCGUGUCCUCCUUUCCUGUGUUGUUUCGUUUGAUGUUUUGAUGUCAGCAAAAGUACCUGCUCAUCAUCUUCUCGUACGUACGCUGACUCACGCGGGAGACGGAUUACCGAGGUAGCGCGUCGAGCUACGACUACGUGUGCAUCAUACGGUCAUGUAUUAAACAGCAUAGCAACGGUAUCCAUGCAAUGUUUCCCCCUGUAUUAAAUGGUUACAGUGUAAUAAUCAUGAUUAUGUCUCCUUUUUUUUUUCUUCAUCGUUCUGAGUAUUGUUGCGUUAUCGUCCCGCUCUCUCUCUCUCUCUCUCGUUUUUCCUGACUGACGUUGCACACGACCUCUCGAGAGGCCUCUGGAUUUCUUUCUUUCUCAAAAUCAGCCUCGGGAGGAAAAAAGCAAAAAGGGUUCGAGGAGGCAGAACUCCAGACAUUCAUCCAUGUGCCGCUCCGUGCUGCUCCCCCCUCCUCCUCCCCCGUCCUCAGCGACUCACCCCCAAUCACUUUGGCUGCAACUUCAUAUCACAACCCACCGACCCCCUCCUCCUCCUCCUCCUCCUCCUCCUCCCCCUCAAUCCCAGCGGGGGGUGAGGUUGUCCCUGCAGUGACAAGCGAUGGAGAGGGGGGCAAAAAAAAAAAAAAAAAAAAUAUGAAGACGUGAUCACCCUGAGCCGAAACGGCAGGUUGCCUUCUCCCUGACAGACACCUCAAAGACGCUGGAGCGCAGGCUUUGCACUCUAAUCGGCCCUCAACCUCAGCGUGACCCCCCCCCCCCCCCCCCCUCCCCCUCAGGGCGGGAGGACGCGGACACGACAACAAACACGUGGGUCAGUUUCUCGAUGUACAAGCAGGCUUGGUACAGUGCUCGCUAUACACGGUGGUGUUUCAUGAGAUGCUAAGGAUGAAGACCUGUACGUACGUGCGUGUGUUGAAUGAUGGAAACGUGGGUAAAUGAGCAGCUCUAUAAAUAUGAGAUGAUUAAAGGCAGAGGUGGUGGUGUGAGGUACGGUGGCUGCACACAGAGAAAGCACAAGGCUCAUUUGGAGUCCUGAUGUACAGCAUUGUAAUUAUUUCAACAGAGUUCUACAGAAUGGAUUUUAGCCUAUAAAUAUCUUUCUUACUGUGCUUGGGGAUAGUUGUUAUCAUUAUUAUAAAUAUGAACACGAUUAUUCUAAUACAUGAUUAUCCUCACCCCUCCCUGUCCCCCUCCACCCCCCACCCCCCCGUCCUUUCAGGGUACUGGACUAUACGAGUGUUCUGUAUCGCAAUGUAACAGUGUGUGUGUUUUGAUAUCACCGCCAGUCACUCCUGCAGCUCUGUAUUUGUCAAAAAACCCUGACCCCGCCGACCCCCCUGACCCCCCCGACCCGUGACCUCCACAUCCCUCCGACCACUGACACACACACACCUCCCCCCACCCCCCACCCCCCCUUACACAUCCCUUUUUAUUUUACUGGGGUCGCCUCUUUGUUAAUGUACAGUUUUCAGAGCACAAAAUGAAUGUGUCUUAUUUCUAAUAAAAGCAUAUCUAUAUAA